AUGGCGCCUUUACCACCGAACAACAGCAGCAGUGAUAGCAGCAUCCGCAGCAGUACCAACAGCAGCAGCAACAACAACACAAACAGCAGCAGCAGCAGCAGCAACAGCAGCAGCAGCAGCAGCAACAGCAGCAGCAGCAGCAACAGCAGCAGCAGCAGCAGCAGCAGUACCUGCAGCAGCAACUCUAUAAGAGCAGCAAACUCAGGCGGCCUUCGUUUAUAUUUAUCAAUUAAAAACGCAAGACAACUCACUGCCACGCAACGCGCUCCCUGGUGCUUCCUGCAGCAGCAGCAGCAGCAGCAGCAACAGCAGGAGCAGGAGCAGCAGCACAAGCAGCAGGAGCAGGAACAGCAGCAGCAGGAGCAGCAGCAGCAGCAGCAGGAAAGAUGA